UGACGUCAAGGAAGGCGGGGGACGUGUUGGGCAUGCGCAAUAGAUCGACUUCGCCCACCCUGGCCCCGCCGUCAGUAAAGGACCUGACCACGCGGGUGGGAUUUCCAGUUUUGUGGCAGAGGGCGGGCGCCUAGCGGCUUUCUUGGCAGCGGGCAGGAAACUGGCAGGAGUUCCUGAGCCUGAACGUGCAGCGGAAGUAGAAGAACGUAUGUAUGUGUGAGAGAGACCUCUGCCUCAUUUAACAAAUUACGAUACUAUGCUCAGGAAACGGUGUAGGGGUUGAGGCCCUUCUUCAAGUGUCUGGAGCUCAGAGAUGCAGCCCAGGGGAGGGAAAUGUGACUAGUUGAGGAGGCCAUGCUUACUGUUGCUGCCAGGUCCCAUGUCAGCACCAAGUCCUCAGCUGCUGGUGGCAGCUGCUCAGCAGACCCUGGGCAUGGGAAAGAGACGAGGCCCACCCCGAGCUGUCUGCCUUCAUCUAGCCGGAGAGGUGCUGGCUGUGGCCAGGGGACUGAAGCCAGCUCUGCUCUAUGAUUGCAACUGUGCAGGGGCAGCGGAGCUCCAGAGCUAUCUGGAGGAGCUGCAGGGCCUGGGCUUCCCGGCCCAGGGACUUCACAUCCUUGAGAUUGGAGAAAACAGCCUGAUUGUCCUUCCGGAGCAGGUGUGUCGGCACUUGGAGCAGGUGCUGCUUGGUACCAUAGUCUUUGUGGAUGUUUCCAGCUCUCAACUUCACCCUUCCAUCUGCUCCCUGGACCAGCUUCAGGACUUAAAGGCCCUCGUGGCUGAGAUCAUCACACAUUUGCAGGGGCCACGGAGGAACCAAUCCCUGGCAGUCUCCUGCAGCAGGCUCCGUUCCUCAGACUGGAAUCUCUGUACUGUGUUUGGGAUCCUCCUGGGCUAUCCUGUCCCCUAUACUUUUCACAUGAACCAGGGAGGUGACAACUGCUUAGCCCAGACUCCACUACGGGUGUUCACCGCCCGGAUCUCAUGGCUACGUGGUCAACCACCAGUCUUGCUCUAUUCCUUUAGUGUCCCAGAGAGCUUGUUCCCAUCCUUGAGGAACAUUCUAAACACUUGGGAGAAGGACCUUAGAACUCGAUGUAGGACUCAGAAUGACUUCGCUGACCUCAGCAUCUCCUCUGAGAUAGUCACACUGCCGGCUGUGGCCCUCUGACUUUAACUCUUUUCCUGUGUAGAAGGAGCUCGGUAAAUGAUCAGCUCUAGGUCAGAGAUGGCACAUAGGAAUCAUCUCAAGUGCCAAUUCCAAGCAUCUCGGGGACCUAGGGAAGAAUGCUGUAAUAAAUUUGCCGUUUUUAUGCUGAACUGGACUAGGGAGAGUAGACCAGGAUGCUUCAGGAAUAAACAGAGUUCUUUGGAACAGAGGCCAUCAGGUGAAGUUUGUUUAUUUUUACAGCAGGUUAAAAAAAUGAGAGUCAGAAAUCUCAGUUGAGUUGGAAAAACCCACACAUUAAAGUACCCAGA